CAAAAAGACAGUUGUUUGAAUUUAUUGCGAAUUUUUCGCGGCUUUGUUUUAUUUAUUUAGUUCAUGGGUGUAAAGGAAUUAUGGGGAGUGCUUACUCCCCAUUGUGAACGUAAACCUAUUAAUGAAUUGCGAGGCAAAAAGGUGGCCAUCGAUUUGGCCGGCUGGGUGUGCGAAUCCCUCAAUGUUGUGGACUACUUUGUGCAUCCAAGGCAUCAUUUAAAAAACCUCUUUUUUCGCACAUGCUAUUUGAUUUGGGAGCAAGUUACUCCUGUUUUCGUUUUGGAAGGAGUGGCUCCAAAACUCAAGAGCCAGGUUAUUGCCAAAAGGAAUGAGCUGCAGUUUCGGGGCGUAAAACCCAAGAACUCUCCAGAACUCACCCAAAACCAGGCGCCCAAAGGCGACAAGGGACGCACCAGAUUCAACCAUGUCCUAAAGCAGUGCGAAACACUACUCCUCUCCAUGGGAAUCCAGUGCGUUCAAGGUCCUGGCGAGGCGGAGGCCUACUGUGCCUUUCUCAACAAGCAUGGCUUAGUUGACGGCGUUAUUAGCCAGGACUCUGAUUGUUUCGCCUAUGGAGCUGUACGCGUUUAUCGCAACUUCUCAGUUUCCACCCAAGGAGCUCUGGCGGCUGCUGGCGGAGCUGUGGACAUCUACGACAUGCGGGAGAUCACCUCGCGCAUGGACUUUGGUCAGCACAAGAUCAUUGUGAUGGCCUUGCUGUGUGGCUGUGAUUACUGCCCAGAUGGAAUAGGUGGAAUUGGAAAGGAUGGUGUCUUAAAACUCUUCAACAAGUACAAGGAUACGGAAAUUCUGGACAAGUUAAGAAACUGGCGCAACGAAACCAAUAAAUACAAUGCUUUGGAGAUCAGAGUAGAUGACAAAUCCAUUUGUAGCAAUUGUGGGCAUAUUGGUAAAACCCAGAGCCAUACCAAAAGUGGGUGCAGUGUUUGCCGCACCAACAAAGGCUGCGACGAAAGCCUCUGGAAAGAGCAACGAUUAUCCAUCAAAGCAGAGUUAGCUUUGCGGCGAAAAGCCUUACUAUCUCCAGAUUUUCCCAAUGAGGAGAUCAUUGCCGAGUUCCUCAGCGAUCCCACCGCCAUCCCAAAUCUUAAUCUCAACUGGCGGCAACCAAAUCUAGUCAAGUUCAUCAAACAAAUAGGACAUCUUCUACAAUGGCCGGAAAUAUACUGCUUCCAGAAGUUCUUUCCCAUCCUCACGCGCUGGCAGGUUCAACAAUCAAAACAGGAAAACAUUCUUAUUCAGCCCAUUGAAAUCAUCAAAAAGCGUACUGUUAAGGGAGUGGCCAGCUUGGAACUGCGUUGGCAUGAUGCCGGCGGCAGUUUUAAGGGACUAAUUCCAGAUAAACAAAUUUCAGAGUUCGAAUUAGAGCAUCCGAAGGGAAUCGAAGAACUUUACUACACCAUUGAGCCAUUGGAUAUGCUGGAGACAGCGUACCCAGAUUUGGUAGCUGCAUUCUUGAAGUCCAAAGAGAAGCCCUCUAAGAAAACCACGCGAAAGAAAAAAACUGCUUCAGAACAAGAUAAGGAAAAUGAACCAAUAUUAAAGCCAAAACGAGUGAUCAGAAAGAAAAAGAAUGCACCUGAACAGGGUCAGCCUCUGCUACAGCAAUUCCUGAGGCGUGAGAAAGAAGGUACUCCUGCCAAGAGUUCAACUUCCCAACGCCAGCAGUGCUCGACUCCCAUUACCAAGUUCCUGCCGUCAGAUCUGGAAAGUGAUUGCGAUGCUGGGGAGUUUGACAUGUCGGAUAUAGUCAAUGGCAUCAUAUCAAAUCCCGAUGCCAAGACAGCACUGGCCAAACACGAAGGUCACCGGCUGCAUUACGAGCCCGUGUCGGAUGAUUUAAGUUUACGCCUGGCGCAAAUGAGUCUAGGCAAUGAGGCGGAGUCAACUGAAGUGAAAGCGAAAAGGGACCGUUCACAUAUCGAGUUACCACAGAGCAAGCGGUCCUCCAUGGACGACAGCUUUGAUCUGUUGGUCAAGGGAGAUCUAAAAAUGCUAGCCAGGACUCCAGUAGAGCGGUUUAAGGUACAGCAUCGCCUUAGCGAAAUGAUUCCAACACCAGUAAAGCCUUUAGCCAACUUGAGCUACUUUUUUGAUCAAAGUUUAAACAAUGCGGAUGCUUUUGAAGAAUUCAUGAAUGCGAGCUUUAUCCCCCAAGAUGAGGAGGAAAAUGAAGAAGACGAGGAGGAUGAUGAACUGGUGGUGAUUAGUGAUUAAAAAUUCAACUUUUUACUAAUUCUUUUUUUUACUAAUA